GAAUUCGUGGCUUGACUGUAGUACGCAAUGGGAGCUAAUUUUCCAGAUUCCUGUUUUUGGAAAAGAAUAGCAGCUAAAGCCAAGGAACUUGCAUCCGUAUGUAAUUCAGUCUCUGCAUAGGGAUCAUAUAAACGAAGAACCGGGUAAGAAAUUAAUUCUUGUUUUAGGAUUUGAAAAGCCUUCAAGCAAUCAUCAUUGAAAUUGAAAGAGACUGACUUUCGUAAAAGAUUAAGCAAAGGGCGAGCUUUAAUAGCGAAAUCCUUUAUGAAUCUACGAAAGAAAUUUGCAAGACCAAGAAAACGUUGAAGUUGAACAACAUUCUUAGGUAUCGGAAAGUCUCUAACAGCCUUAACAUGACGAUCACUUAAGUACCUCUUUCAAUGAAGACAAGUUUUCCUCAACUGUACAAGAUGGCACCAAGAUAUCAUCAAUGUAAACUAAAACUUUAUCCUCGCGCAAAAGAGGUUGAAAGAUUUGGAUCAUUCUCUUUUGGAACUCAGCUGGAGCCUCACAGUAACCAAAAGACCAUGCGAAGCGUCGAGGAGAAUAAGCAUAAGUUGUAUUGUCUUUGAGAGACACUGUGACGGCAUGACCAUCUUCAAUUGGAAUGACAGAAGUAUUCUCAACUUCACGAAUUAAAGUUACAAGUUUUUCAUCAACCGAUGGUCCGAAAUCAGAUUCGAAAGUAAACUCAUCAGAAAAGCCAGCAGUCACCGUAACAAUAUUGUCGCUAAUUUUAUACGGCGAUCCGAUGUCGACAAAAGCUACCGUCGGUGAAUGGGAAGGCUGGGAAGACUGGAUGGUCUGGAGAGACUGGAAGGACUCGGAGGUCUCAGAAGAUUGUGACGAAGACGUCUCUUCAAUCGAAGCAACCGCUGACGAGCUACCAGAUGAAUUUCCAGUCAAGUUCUGCUCCUUUUUCUUCAGACGAAAACAGUUGUCCCGGGUAUGCCCCUUUGUCCGGCAAUAAACACAAAAUACUUCCUUGGAAGAAUCGGUAGACGGGCCUAUUUUGGAAGAAGUCGUUUCUUCUUUCUUGAUAUUAUCCUUGGAAUUGACAGGCUUAACAGGAACAGGAGGGGUCUUUUUGGAAGGAUCACCAAAAGCCAAAAUAAGUGAGUGCAUCUUGUCUAAGAAUUGAUCGAUAGUUUCUGCUUGGAUCAAAGAAGCUGAAGCUCUUAAAGAUGGACUUCCUAUACCAGAGAUCAGGAAAUCAAUAUUUUGUUUUUCAGGCAAACGAAAAUUCUGUAAAAGCUUCAAUUUCUGCAUGGCGUAAUCCUGAAAAGACUCCUUUGAAAAAUUCCAUUUUCUACUUUCGACUUUUUGA